CGCGACUAUGAAGGUUACUUGUGCUCCUUGCUGCUGCCUUCUGAAUACCGCAGCUCAGCUUUUGCGCUGAGAGCCUUCAACGUGGAACUGGCCCAGGUUAAAGACGCCGUCUCUGAGAAGACGAUCGGCCUGAUGCGGAUGCAGUUUUGGAGGAAAGUGGUGGAAGAUAUAUAUCGUGAUAACCCACCUCAUCAGCCAGUGGCCAUUGAACUCUGGAAGGCGGUCAAGAGGCAUAACCUGACUAAAAGGUGGCUUAUGAGAAUUAUUGAUGAAAGAGAAAAAAAUUUGGAUGAUAAAGCCUAUAGCAACAUCCAUGAACUAGAAACAUACGCUGAAAACACACAAAGCUCUCUCUUAUAUCUGAUACUGGAAAUGUUGGGCAUAAAGGACCUUCAUGCUGAUCAUGCCGCCAGUCAUAUUGGAAAAGCACAAGGCAUUGUCACCUGUUUGAGAGCAACUCCGUAUCACGGGAGCAGGCGAAAGGUGUUUCUUCCCAUGGAUAUUUGUAUGCUGCAUGGUGUUUCACAAGAGGAUUUUCUAAGAAAGAAUCGUGAGAAAAAUGUGAGAGAUGUGAUUUAUGACAUUGCCAGCCAAGCACAUAUUCAUCUAGAACAUGCCAGAUCCUUCCGUAAAAAUGUCCCCGUAAAGACGUUUCCUGCUUUUCUCCAGACGGUUGUGUUAGAAGAUUUUUUAAGGAAAAUCCAGAAAGUAGAUUUUGAUGUUUUCCACCCAAGCUUACAACAGAAGAACACAUUACUACCGUUGCAUUUGUAUAUUCGGUCCUGGAAAAAAACAUAUUAAAACCAUCUUAAAACAACCAAGAUGGGUUGCCUAUCAAAAUUGUAAGUCAGCUGAACACAGGGUAGCUAAAGUGAGAGGGUGCUUGGGGUCAAAUUCAUGGCUUUUACAGACUCCUUUAUGAUGUCUUUGCUAUAAUAAUGAUGAUGGGAUUUGUUAAACGCUUACCAUACGUCAAGC